AUGACUUCCUCAAACCCGAUCAUCUACCAGAACGCGGAGGGGGACAUCACAUUGGUCGAUAUACCAACGUCCAUCGCAGCAGCACAAGGCGACCGCUCGGGUGUGUUACUCUCUACCGCACCAUUAGAAGCGCCUAUCGAACCGAAAGAGGACUACCGGCCCAAGGCACAGAAACUUAGAACGAAAAAGGCUCAGGCCCAAGACACGGAUAACACGCAGCAUGUCGAGUAUCACAGCUUGCCACAUGUGACGGUGGCAGAAGUCUCCAAACACGACUUCCAGUCGCUGCAUCUUGACGACCUGCGGUACAAAGUCCUCGCUGAACAUGCACUCCGCCAAAUUCGCGCACAGGUUCCAGGGCCAUGGUGCACACAGCGCAAGCUGAUGACCCAGGAACCAGCUCACAGGGAAGAGCAAGCUAUGGACGUAAACGAAAUUUCGGAAAAAGAGCUCGAAUCACGGAUGAAGGAGUGGGCCUCAUGGAGCGAAAGCAAAGAAGACGAUACUGCAUUCAAUCUACAGCAGAUGAUGGCUUCUCUCGGUGCAACUUCUGAGGCUGCAGAACCGGCUGCCGUGGCACCAAAGUGGAUGAUGUCGUACCGCCCUGCACGUGAGACUGCAAGUAGUACACUGGUCGCUGAAACGGUCUCUCAAGACGCACAAACCGAACCAUGGACAGGUACCUUCCACAACCCCAAUCACCACUCCCUGACACUUGCGAUCGCCGAAAACAUGUCGCAAUCAGCUCAGCUGGGUCCGGAGUAUCAUUUCACGAUACCACCCCGUUCCACAUUAUUCCUUAGCGAUUCCACUGCAUCGGAUGCUUUCCGUACCUCGUUUCGUGAACUCACAGACGAAUACACCCUUCCACGACACUUCGAUCUAGUACUGCUGGACCCACCAUGGCCCAAUCGUUCAGCCAAGCGGAAGGGCGCGUAUGAACAAGUUGGUGGUAUGCCGUACCUCAAGAAGAUGCUGCUGAGCAUGGAUAUUGACAGUUAUCUCGAACACAAUGCGCUGGUGGGUGUCUGGAUCACGAACAAGGAGGCGUUGAGAGAGCAUGUGCUGGGUCCCGGUGGACUUUUUGAAACGUGGAACGUGGGCUUGCUAGAGGAGUGGAUAUGGAUCAAGACGACGACCAAAGGCGAGCCCAUGUUCGACAUCGAUGGUGCCAUGCGCAAGCCCUAUGAGAUUUUGCUACUGGGUCGCGCGGCCCCGAACUCGUGGACGACGAUGACACACGCGCCAACAGUCAAGAGGAGAGUCAUUGCUGCUGUGCCAGACAUCCACUCACGAAAACCGUGUCUGAAGCAGUUACUCGAACCCUAUUUGGCAGAUCCAACUGAUUACAGCGCGCUUGAGGUCUUCUCCCGGUACCUUGUCAGGGGAUGGACGUCUUGGGGUAACGAAGUACUGAAGUACAACUGGGAUGGUUACUGGGCUCCGGCUUGA